UAAUAAAACGCCUGUUCUGUACAUACAAUGGUGAAGCUCGAAGAAGUAUCAAACGAUCAUAUCGAUGAGUCCCUCAGUGACAACGAUCAGUACUCUGAUUACUCUGACGAUGAAGACGACUUUGACGUCGACGAGGAUGAAUCUUUGUUGGAUCGCAUUGCCGCCUUGAAGGAAAUCAUUCCCCUCAAGCACCGUCAGCGUAUGUCCUCGAGCGUUUCCACAGUUACCUCAUGGGGAAAGACUGGCGCCACCUUUGUUGGAAAGAGUGCCUGGGUUCUCACCACCUCUAUGCUCCUCCUUGUCUUGCCAUUGGCACUCGAAAUCGAGAAGGAGCAGGCCCUUGUAGCCUACGAAAAGGAGGCCAUGCAGCAGCAGGGUACUCAACAGAUGUUGAACUCUGGCAUGUACCAACCUGGCCAGCCCCAAGCACAGUCACAAAAGGGUCUCACUCCUCCCGGCUUCUAAGAAAGGAAGCAAAAAAGAAGAAGAAGAAGAAUAUUUUUUUCCUGUUCUGGGUUCUUGUACAUGCAGUCUGUUUCCUUCUAUUUUAUUUUUCAGUAAAAAAAAAGCAAAGCCCCUAUCCUGGGAGUAUUACAAAAUUACAGCUACCAAAGAAGAGAACAAAAAAGAAAAGAAAAUGUUUGGGAACCUGCCCGGCCGUAUAUACAACAGC